GCAGGUUAGAACGGUCGGACAGGUGAAAGAUUAAAAAGUUCUUCUGCGGCAGUCAGUCCAUCAACGUGACAAUGAGCACGCGGAACGGUCGUACGCGGUCAACGAACAAGCGUUCUCUCGGAGACUGUUGACGGUUCGCCCCCUUAGAAAAAAUGGUUCGGUUUGGAAAAAUGGAAGAGCAGGAACGGCGCGAGCUGUUAGCCAGCAUGAAAGAGAUGAGUCUGGAUAGUAAUAAGCAUAUUGAUAACGCUGCAUUCCAACAUGUACGAGAAAACAUCGACGACUUAGAUGGUAAAAAUGGAAUUAAUGAGACUGAUUUAAUAUUCCUAAAAGGACUUAUGGACAGUCCCGUAUUGACAAAUUUAGUUAAGACAGCUGGUGAAAUCGUGUUGAGGCGGGCAUAUUUCACAGCUUGUAAUCACUGGAUGAUUCAGGAUCUAAUAACGUCUAAAAGCACAAAAAAAUCAGAUACAUACAUUGGAAUAGAAAAUGACCCAGUACGAGAUAAAAGAUCGUAUACAAGACGUAAUGUAAUAGAGGAUCAGGCGCAGGAAUUGGAAAAUUUAUCCUUGUGGCAGAGCAGAGUAGAAUCAGUUAGUUACGAUAGUUGCAGGAUAAUAGUUGUGAGAGAGGACCAUAAUAAAUUUGGUGAGGAUAGACAGAGGUUCAAGAUCGUCUGGAAGACCCUCCAGUAUUCCCCAAGCCAGUGUCCUCGGAAGGCAAGAGCCUCCUGA